GAAUCCCCACUCAAAUCUAUCAGCAUGGCGUUAUCAGCUGCAAUUGAUGAGUUCCGAAGCUUGUUGGAUAAACUAAAUGGCGAUAUAAGAAAUCAAUUUACUAACUGGUUGAAGGAAAAUUUAAUAUCAGCGGAAGAUAAUGACCAAGGCAAAUCCAAUUCGGACGUUAUACUAGAUAGUAUACGAGCGGACAUCCGCAGUGAGCUGCCCUUCAAUGCUAUGGCAGCCACAGAGAACAUUCAAAUACCCUCAACCUCUGACUGCCACCCUCGAACAACCAUUCACGUUGAUGCUUUUCUGUAUGACGAGGACCUGGUAGAUGAAAUGUGUGACCAAGGGGAGAUAAGCAGGAGCUACUGUGUGAAUUGUGGCAGUCAGAAUGUGAAGCCACUCACCUUUAUAACACACUCAGCCUCUGUCAGCCAGAUUAAGUACAUGUUUAACUACCUGGUGCCUCGCCCCUGUAGGGGAACAGUGGUUGAUGUGGGAUCACGUUUGGGAGCAUUACUCUAUGGGGCCUAUCUAUAUACAGAAGCCAGGGUUAUUGGGAUAGAGCUAAAUGAGGCGAUGUGUCUGCUUCAACAGAAGACUGUGGAAAAAUAUCAGUUCACAGACAGAAUCAAAGUCAUCCAUGAUAAUGUCCUUCAUCAUGCAGAGUUACUCUCAACUGCUGAUAUCAUUAUUCUAAACAAUGUCUUUGAGUUUUUCCUGCCCGUGGAAGAACAGAAAAGGAUAUGGUUGUUCCUGCAUAAGGCCUUGCGCUGCACAGGAAGUCGUAUUAUUACUAUGCCCAGUUUGGAAGAUUCUUUGUCUGCUCUUCAGCUGCCUAUUGACCUGUCCACUUGGGUUCGGCCUGUCCCGUUGGAAGCAUACCUGGCCUCUGCAAACAUGGCUCUGUUUGGCUCACAGAGUUCCGCAGAGUCAGACUUAGCUACAGUGUUCAUGUAUGAGGUUCUCUAG